AAUUCCCAACACUGCAGAAGAAGACUACAGGAACGAAGAAGGAAAUUACAGAAGACGCUCAAAAUGUUUACCUACGUGACUCUCCAAGGUGAAGAACGGUCCAGUGCAACCUUGAUCACAUCCGACUCCAGACCUUUAAUGUGUUUUGUUAACUAAAAGAAGGAGGUACUUCAUCAAGUCCUCCUAUCCCGGUCGAAAGUGUGUGUGCCAUCUAGUCGUACCGUUUCCAACUUUCAACACUCGCAGCGGUGUUCAACAAGAAACGCGGCGUGUAAAAACGUGUUUUUUUUAAGGACGCAACUGACACCGUGGAGGUGGUCUGAUUUCGAUCUUUAGGACAAAACACAAUCAGGUUGAACUGAAUCCGUCACUCGCUGGAACUGCGCAACAAGGAGCUGCCGCCGCAGCAGUCGGCCAAGGCUAUGGAACUGAAGAAGGAAUUGGAAUCUUACACGGCGUCGAGUCCGAUACCGUCGGGCGACAGCAGCUACGUCAGCAUGCAGCUGUUCGAGCACCAGGCUGGCGACCCGCCUACGUCGUGUUCAUCGGCCGGCAAAUCGGCCGCCAUCACCAGCAAGCUAGAAGUUCGUCUGAUGGGCUGUCAAGAUCUGCUGGAAGACGUUCCAGGCCGUUCACGGCGAGAUUCCACUCACUCGGCCCCCAACGACCCAAAAUCCUUCGUCAAAGGUGUGACGGGCAGAAGUUCGUCCAAGUCGUACAGUGUCAAGGACGAGACGAGUAACGAGAUCAUGGCCGUCAUUAAGUUGGACAAUGUGACAGUGGCGCAAACGAAUUGGCGGCCGUGCUCCCAACAGGCCUGGGACCAGCGGUUCAGCAUCGACCUGGACAAAUCGCGAGAAGUCGAGAUCGACAUUUACUGGCGCGACUGGCGCUCACUUUGCGGCGUCAAAUUUCUGCGCCUCGAGGAGUUCAUCGACGAUGUCCGGCACGGCAUGGCCCUCCAGCUGGAACCGCAGGGACUUCUCUUUGCCGAGAUCAAAUUCCUCAAUCCGAUGAUCUCGCGCAAACCGAAACUCCAGCGCCAGCGCCGCAUUUUCAAACAGCAAGGCAAGAACUUAUCUCGCAACCUGAAUCAAAUCAUCAAGCGGUCGCAUCUGAACGAGCACCAGGACUCUGGAGCCUUAGCUCUUCAGCUGCCGUCUGGAGGAACUGUGGACCGUCCAAAUAGCCUGUCGUAGUCAACGAGUCCUUUCCCGCUAUCACGCCAGGAGCCGGCGGUUCCAUCUCCGUCGCGAACCACUUCAGUUGUCACCAUCGGUCACAACAACGCCCAUCAGUUAACCGUCGCAACCCCCGCCGUAACCCGUUUCCGCGAUCUUAUCCUUCUUGAUUGAAGACGCCAAGUGAAAGUGAAACCGACGCGCGCUCAAAUCAAAAGGCUACGCACACACACAAAAAAAAGUCGACAGCAUUUUAGUAAGGAAAAGUUGGCGGCAUGUACACCUGGAGAAUUGUCUGCAUUUGAUGGCGUUAUGGAACAAGUCGUGAGUUUUCCAACCUUGAAGCAGCAACUGGAUUCCGGCUCCGUUGUUCUGUCUACUAUUGAAUGAAAAGAGCAUGUUGGU